UCAGGUAUUAACCGCAAACACACAGUUCAGGACGACACAAUAAAUAGUGUUUCGCUUUUUAGUUAGAAUACAGACACUCUGUUUGUUUGUUUUCGCUCUUUUUCUUUUCAGUAGUUUUUAUUUUAUCAUUCGCGGAUAGUUUUGCUUCCCACUUUUUACUCAGAGCCGGAGGGGUUUUUGUCAUCAUGCGGGGAUUAGCUGCCGGGAUCUUCCUGCUGUCGCUUCUGAAAGUGUCGGUGUGUAUUCAGGUGAAUGUUCCUCAGCAGGAGCGCAGCACAGCCCUGUUUGCCGCAGUCACCCUCCGUUGUGACUACUCCACCUCUGCAAACCUCCAAGAUGUUCUGGUCACCUGGAGGUUCAAGUCCUUCUGCAAGGACCCCGUACUGGAAUACUACUCCACAGCGUACCAGUCUGCACUACAGUUGGGACAGGACCCAGCGAAUGACUGUCCAGACCGCCAGCGGACGUUGCGCACAGUGAUCCAGAAGAGAGGGAGCAGCGAGCCGACGCUGGGAGCAGAGUACCGCGAACGCAGGAUCACCAUCCAAAAUAAUGCUGACCUGGUUAUCACUGAGGUGAUGUGGUGGGACAACGGUGUGUACUUCUGCUCUGUCGAUGCUGCUGGAGACACGUCCGGAGACUCUGACAAAGAAGUCAAACUCAUCGUUUACCACUGGUUAACAGUGUUGUUCAUCGUCAUCGGAGCCCUCCUGCUGAUCCUCCUGUUCGGUAUCUGCUGCUGCCAAUGCUGCCCUCAGAAAUGCUGCUGCUAUGUUCGCUGUCCCUGCUGCCCACAGCAAUGCUGCUGUCCUGAAAAAGCGGUGAUGCAGCAUCGUAUGAUGAAGGACGCUGAGAAGGCCAUGCAACCCUGGAUGAGAGGACAGCCGUUAUAUGGACAAAUGGGCCACGCCCCCCAGAUGAACCCGCUGCUCUACUCAGGAUCUGCUUCAGGGAAGAGCUUCUCGAUGAAGCCCAUGCCCCUCCCCCCUCCUCAGUCUUCAGCUUACAGCAUGCCCACUCCCAGUGUCCACGGCGCACACACCCCUGCCAACUCCAAUCACAUGCUCGAUUACCUGGAGAGCCAGGUGAAGGGGAUGGACAUGGCGAGUCCUCUGCUACAGUCCCAGCCUCCUCCUCCCCAGCACAUGCAGCACAUGCAGCACAUGGAGCACAUGCAGCACAUGCAGAACAUGCAGCACAUGCAACACAUGCAGAACAUGCAGAACAUGCAGCACAUGCCACCCCCUAACCAGCACAUGCCUGUCAACGCCCCAUUUCCCCCCGGCCCUCCUAGCAUGAUAUCUGCCCUUGAUGAUGGCCCCACAGAGCGUCGUGUCAUCACACUUCCACCUAUAAGAGAGCAGCCGCCGGGCAGAAUCGCACCCGCUGCACCCAGGACUCAGCCCCCGAGCUCCAGCGAGAGCAGCCGCAGUGGCUUCGGACAUCGUGACGAGCGAGGGUCGGCGGGCAGGCGUUACCCCUCACCCACCCGGUCUAGAGGCGUUCCCAGGAGCUACAGUGAGGAGUCACUGGACGGGCGACGUCCCAGCGGGUCAAGAGUAGGCAUGGACCGCCCCCGCUCCCGCUCCAGGGAUGACCUGUUCGACAGCAGGUCCAGAGGAAACUACUCUCCCCCAGCCUCACUGCCCAACAGAGGAGGGUCUUGGAGCUCGGAUGAUGAGGGCAGCAGCAGGAGAGGAGGAGGAGGGAGGAGAGGAGGUGGAGGCUUUGUUGACAAACCUCCCAGCUACUCAGAGUACGAACCCGGACAGAAACCAGGAGCUCGGAGGAACCAGCGUUCUGGCAAGAGUUCUCGCAGAGGCACCAGCGUCGUCAUCUGAGCCCUCCAGCUGGGAAACGCCCUGCGACCUCUGUUUCAUUAAACACGCACACCUCACUAGAACUGGGAGCCUUGUUGUCUGGCUACUGGUAAACUUUUGAAUGCCAACAUUUUCAUGACUCAAAAUGAAUCAUGAACGCACUCUUUCAUCACAGGUUUUGAUAAGUGAAAAGCUGGCAGAAGGAUUCAUUAAAUGUGAGAUUGAAUGUGUUCAUCAAAGUGGGGAGGUUGCAAAGCUAAUGCCAAUAUGGAAACCUAUUUGGUAGCCUAUUAAUGUUUUAGUUUUUUUAAGGUAAUGAUGUAAGAAAGUCUUUACUACUGAACAGAUUUUUGGGAUAAUAUUCCUCCUCUCUGCUGGUUCAUCAGUGUAAUAGAAAUCUACAGACGAGAUUGGCACUAAAUACCUGUAAACUUGUUCUUAUUAUGGAUGUUUCUCCUCUUAAAGCUCUUUGUUUGGCAGGAACACAGUCAAUUUUUAUAUUUGAUAAAGUUGUUAAACCUAAAGUGCAGAAGAAAAAUAAUUACAAUAAUACACAGGGCCAGUAAACAAAUUAUAAUUAUUACAUUAUAACUAUUUAAACCCACAUAAAUAUGAAUAGACUCUUGUGAAUUCUAGAAUAGCUUUUUAUGAU